AUGUCAGUGGAGGAUGUAAAUGCGAGUGCUACAGCCGUCUCUAUGGAAGAGACAUGCCAGCCAGCGAGCAGUACCUCACAUAAUACUACUAAUACCAUAGAAUCGAAUUCUCCAAGGCCUACUGAUCAAGCAAGCAGGCAAAACAAUCUCCAACGGAUACAGCAGAGGAAACAACAAGUUUUCAAUUGGCCACAAUUGAAAAAAUUAUUGAAGCUUGCUAAUUAUAGUGCUUGUCAAGUAGAAGACUGUAAAUGCAACGGAUGGAAGAAUGUUCAGCCCUUACCAAAAUCACCAAAGAAUGACAUGCAACAACCGGUCACAAAUUUUUUUGAUCCAUGCAGAAGCUGCACGCAUACAUUAGAAAAUCAUAUUACACAUUUACCAACACAAAAUGACGAGGAAAUAAAUAAACUUCUAGGAAUGGUUGUUGAUGUUGACAAUAUCUUUAUGGGAAUGCAUAGGGAAGAGGAUCCGGAUACCAAAAAAGUGUAUUAUUAUCUUUUUAAGUUGUUGAGGAAAUGUAUUCUCUCGAUGACGAAGCCAACCAUAGAAGGGCCAUUAGGUCAGCCACCUUUCGAAAGGCCCAGUAUAGCAAAAGCAAUCACAAACUUUGUUUUAUACAAGUUUGGACACUUAUCUCAACGAGAAUGGCAAGCUAUGUAUGAUCUAGCAAAGAUGUUUUUGCAUUGCUUAAACCAUUGGAACUUUGAGACUCCUAGUGUAAGGAGGACUACAGUAAAUGCAGAAGAGGCUCCUGCGUACAAAAUCAAUUAUACACGAUGGCUCGUUUUCUGUCACGUCCCUGCUUUUUGUGACUCCCUUCCUCAUUACGAUACCACUCUUGUUUUUGGAAGAACUUUACUACAAGCAGUGUUCAAGUCAGUUUGCAGACAAUUAAUGGAUAAGUGCCAUAGUGAAAGAGACAGAAUGUCACCAGAAAAACGAGUGCUAGUUUUAACACACUUCCCUAAGUUUCUAUCGAUGCUGGAGGUAGAAAUAUAUUCAGACAAUUCACCAAUUUGGGAUCCUGAAUUUAAACAAGUUCCACCAUCGCACCUGCAAGUCGCUCUGGAAUCAAAGGCUAACCAAGGGCGAAGAGUAGGUGAAUUUGAGAAAGUUACAGUAACUCCUAAUGACAAGGACAACUUCACAACGAUUAACAUCAGUCCUGGUAUAAAAAAACUUCACGAAAAACGACCACAUCCAGAAGGGAGAUCGGAUGUAAAAAGGCGUCGAAACGAAGAGGCAUUUGAGGAUUUACCAGAGGAGACGGUUGCUGAAAUUGUAGCAACGAUCAAUGAUCCCAAAUAUAUGUGUGGUCCCGAUGAAAUGUUCCCACCAAAUGCCCCUAGAGAUGAGACUGCUAAAGUAGAAGAGGGUAAAAAGAUUAUAGAAUUUCACGUGGUCGGCAACAGUCUUACUCAACCAGUUUCAAAGCAAACGAUGCUAUGGUUGAUAGGACUGCACAAUGUAUUUUAUCAUCAACUACCUGCAAUGCCAAUGGAAUACUUAUCAAGGUUCAUCUUUGAUCCGAAGCACAAAACCUUAGCUCUGAUUAAAGAUGGUAGAUCUAUUGGAGGAAUUUGUUUCCGAAUGUUCCCCACUCAAGGUUUCACAGAAAUUGUGUUCUGCGCCGUAACUUGUGAGGAACAAGUUAAAGGAUAUGGAACGCACCUGAUGAAUAUGCUCAAGGAUUACCACAUAAAAAAUAACAUCCUACAUUUCUUGACAUUCGCCGAUGAAUACGCUAUCGGUUACUUCAAGAAACAAGGUUUCAGCAAAAACAUUAAAUUGCCACAAGCGGUGUACCAAGGAUAUAUCAAGGACUACGACGCAGCGACGCUAAUGCACUGUGAACUUAACGCCAAAAUUGUAUACACCGAGUUCACCGCAGUCAUUCGAAAACAGAAGGAAAUUCUGAAAAAGUUAAUUCACCAGAAGCAACAGGAAAUUCAGAAAGUGCAUCCUGGAUUGACGUGCUUCAAGGAAGGAGUCAGGGGAAUUCCAGUGGAAUCGAUACCAGGGAUAAGAGAGACUGGUUGGAAACCUUAUUCGCACGCCAGAACUAGAGGGGUUGCAAAAGGAACCCAAAACUCCGAACCAAUGGAAGCUUGUUUAGACAUCACGGACUCCCUUUAUAACGCCUUAAAAAAUAUUCUGAACAGCGUAAAAAAUCACGUCACUGCUUGGCCAUUUUUGAAGCCUGUUGACAAGAACGAAGUGCCAGAUUAUUACGACCAUAUUAAAUAUCCAAUGGAUCUUAAAACGAUGACUGAUCGUUUGAAGGCGCGAUACUACGUCACCCGAAGAUUAUUUAUUGCAGACAUGACACGCAUCUUCACAAAUUGUCGACUGUACAAUGGCCCCGACACGGAGUACUACAAGUGCGCGAAUGCGUUAGAAAAGUAUUUUCAAACGAGAAUGAAAGAGAUUGGAUUGUGGGACAAAUAGAUAUUUUAUCCCCUCUACAUUUGUAACAUAAUUUAACCUUAUCGGUCCAAUGCCACUGUCUUUCGAGAAAUGUGUACGGUUUCGCCCUGUAUGUUGUAUGUAAUUUAUGUAGAACGGAAAUACAACAUAGGCUUAAUUUCGCAAGGAAAUGACACAUUCCAUUGUAUAUAUAGAAUUAAACAUAUAUAACAAUCCAAGUAAACUA